AAAAUCGAGCAUAGUACCGUUCAUAAAAGCCCUUGUUUCUUUUUCUGGAUCGGCAGAUUCAUUGCCUUCUCUUGCUUCCCUUUUCAACAUGCCAAAAACAGUCUCAAGAACACCCAACACUUGAUUUUCUUAAUCCCUUCGAUUAGCCAUGUCGAGGACAGGAAACAAGAGUCCCCAAGCCAAACUGGUAAUUCUCGGGGACAUGGGAACGGGCAAGACAAGUUUGGUGCUAAGAUUUGUGAAAGGCCACUUUAAUGAGUACCAGGAAUCAACAAUAGGAGCAGCAUUCUUCACACAAGUAUUGUCACUAAAUGAAGGGACGAUAAGAUUAGAUAUAUGGGAUACAGCAGGGCAGGAACGAUACCAUAGUUUGGCUCCUAUGUAUUAUCGUGGUGCUGCUGCUGCUAUUGUGGUCUAUGACAUCACGAACAAGGAUUCCUUUGUACGAGCCAAGAAGUGGGUUCAAGAAGUGCAAAAACAAGGAAAACCAGGUAUGGUUAUGUUUUUGGUAGCUAACAAGGUUGACUUGGCAGACAAGAGAGCGGUGGGAAACGAGGAAGCAGAGCAAUAUGCCAGAGAAAAUGGCUUGUCUUUCACUGAAACUUCAGCAAAAACUGCAGAAAAUGUUAACGAGCUCUUCUAUGACAUAGCUAAGACAUUGGCGAAAGCAAACCCUUCACGUCAAGCUGGAAUCGAGCUGCACAGCAGUACUCAAGAAAGCAGGACACUGUCUUGUUGCUUUUUAUGAUAUCUUCACUCGCAAUAUGUUUUGAUCUGUGUUUCAAAUCUCGUUAUCUUAUGGUGUGUUUUUGGGUGGUACUUCUCUCUACUUGUUCAGAGAAAAAGAAAUAAAGAUUCCAUGCAAUAAUUGCUUUACUUUUCAAGUAGGCUUACCUGUUUAAACUUUAAAGACAUACAGAGUUUUCCAGUGAGAUGAGGAUUUGCUGUCCCAGUCAAUUUGGGAAGAGCACUCUA